AAGCAUAUAAACACAGUUGUAAAGUAUCAGGGUCAUUACAAAAUGUAUAUAGUAUAGUAGGCCUAUUAGACAUUAUAAAGGGUUAUAUUAUUAUAGUAUAUUAUAUCUUGCAGAUCAGUGUGAUUUUUUUAUUUAUUUAUUUUUUUAACAAUAGUAUGUGAUGCUUAUACAAUUAGUCAGGCAUGGCACAUGUUGAAAAGACACAUGCUAUUACCAUGGUCAUUUUUUGUUAGUGUAGAUAACGUCCUGACACACUUAAGUUCAGAAAUAUAGAUUAUAAUAAUGUUUCAGUCUCUUAGUUGUCGACAGUAAUUCUUUGCGCAAUAAUCACACAAUAUGGGCUUCACCCAUGUGUUAUAGCAUCACACUGGUGGAAAUUACCUUUAUAUUACUUUACCAUAAUAAUUGGUAACUUAAUGAACUAAUGAACGUAUUAAAACAGUGUUGCCCUGAACCCCUGAACCAAUAAUAUAUUAUUAUAUUACAAUAUAUUAAUGAGGUGAAAUGAUAAAUACCACAUAAAACUAACACACACUGACAGCCAGCAGCAACAACCAUCCACACACAUCAUUUGAAUAUACACUUGUCUGAUGUCCUUGGGGAAAAUAAACAAAAGAGUUUGUGUCUCACAUGAUAAGGGGCAAAAGGAACAGAAACCCAUCUGAUUCAAAUUCCCCCCGAGAAUUUAUAUGUUCAUGAUUUAUUUUCAUGGUGUCGCUGAUGCAUUUCUGUGCAUGGCAACUUGUUUUCAUCUGUAUUGUGUCACAGUUUCACUUUAGAUUAGUCAUUCACCAUGAAGCUGUAAUGAGUGAAUGGGAACGUGGGGGAAAUUUGCAUAAUAUCCUUAACUUUUCUGCAGUUUUAAAUUCUCCAAGUCUAUGCAUCCAACACUGUACACUUGAGUGUUAUACAGUGUUGUUUUCUGAUGUCUGGGGAUUCUGGCACAGUUGUGGUCCAAUUACUGCUGCAUGCUGGGGGGACAGGAAAAGUAUGGCUGAGUUUUGACCUCUUUCUGGGGUGGAUAUGGCUUGCAUUCGGCAGGUGAAGGACACUGCACAGGAGGAGACACUCCUGUCUGGUGAGGAGCAGGUGACCCUCAUCACAGAAAGCAUGUCCAUCACCUCAGCUGAUGAGGAGAAACUUCAACUCCUCAACAAAAACACUGAACUGUGCAGACUCAACAAAGAGCUGAUGAAGCUGAAUGAGGAGUGGGAUCACAUUUAUCACAGCACCAGUGUGGGUCUCCAGCAGCGUGUAGAAGCUCUAGAGGAGGAGAGAUCAGUGCUCAAACAGCUCAACAGCAGACUGCUGCUCAAAGUCGACCAUGAGCAGAAUAAGAGGGAGUAUUAUGAACACACAUUGAUGCAGGAACUAAAGAAGAAUCAGCAUCUUCAGGAGUAUAUCAGACUGCUGGAGAGGCGUCUGCACCAAACAGACCUAAACCACUGGACUAUAGGGACUCAGAUGCUAGAUAUCAAUAUCACCUCAGAGGCUCACCUUCUCCAGAGGAAAACUAAGCCAUCUGUGGAGGUACGAUCAUCUCCAGAGUUUCCAGUGUCUCAAGGUGCAAAGUCUAGCCGAAAACUGGCUGGCAUGGGAACAGAGCACCAGACCAACCCAGAGAGAGAGGUACAGGAUCUUAAAGAACAGCUGGAGGCGCUGCGGUGUCAGUUGAAGGUGUAUGAAGAUGACUUUCAGGAGCGCUCAGACAAACAGAUUCUCCAGAGACUGCUGAUGAAGAAAGUUCCUGCCGUGAAGGACCCGGUUCUGGUGCACCACUGCAACAAUGAGCAGGACCGGUCCAGAACAGAGAGACGGAAACAGAGGGAAGAGCAGAAGGGCGGAUAUGUUUGCCCCAAACACAGUGAACAUCACGGGCAGCUGGACUUCCCAUGAACAGCUCACAUAUUGAGGAUUUAUCAUAUUAAAGCAAUGGAAAUAAAAAAACAAAAAAAAACUUUUUUGUAUGUUUUAAACUUCCUUUUGUGACUAAUAUAUUUAUUUAAGUUUUUUUUUUUUUUUUCUUGGAAUUUCUUAUUUUCACAGAUAAAUAAAUAAAUGAUUAUAUUGUGUUUUUUGUUUGGUGGUUGUUGUUUAUUUUUAUUGCAUUUUACAAUUGCAGUAAAUGGAAACAGUACACUUAUUUAUUGUCUCAUUAUCAGUCAGUCUGAUAUGGCUGAAUGGCUAAGAACUUGAAACUCAAACAAGCCAUGACACAAGAGUAAAUGGUGUUAUCUUUACAAGCUAAUCCAUCUUUUGUCUUGCAGUGUAAUUAGACUGACAGAUCAACUCUGUUCAUGCACUAGUAUUGGGUUACUGAUGAUUACAAGGGAAUGUAUAUAUGAAUGCAAACCAACUGUGGAAUGUCUAGGAUGAUAAGUUAAUAGUAUUUAAAUAAAAUAAGUUAUGCCCUU